AAGUAAUUGACAGCUUCAGAGACCAACGGAAAGCAGCCUCUUCCGACCUGUCCAAUGAGGUGAAGCGUGUGCUGGGCGGCACUGCGCUUUACUGGCAGGCUAUUUAUCCAAUAGAAAUUACAAACGGCAAGGAUUUGUCCAAUGAGAAGCGUCCUGUUCGCUUGACGGAUCUCGGGAGGUGGGCGGCUGAUUGGCAGGCGCUGAAGGCCAGAUGAUGAGGUCGCCGUUGUGGCCCCGAGUGUCGGCUCCGGUGCUGCUGCUGCAGAUGCUGGCAGCUGCGGGCUUGGGAGUGAAUGAAUAUUUAUAUUUUCAAGUGUUGAGCCCUGCAGAUAUUCGCUACAUCUUUCAGACCAACCUGGCGAAAGACUUUGGCGGCAUCUUUCACACCAGAUAUGAGCAGAUCUACCUGGUUCCCGCAGACCCCCCGCAAGCCUGCGGUGACCUGAACAACGGGGCAUUUAUCCAGGAUCAGAUCGCUUUGGUUGAGCGAGGGGGUUGUUCGUUUCUCUCCAAAGCCCGCAUUAUCCAGGAGCACGGUGGCAGGGCAGUGAUCAUCUCGGAUAAUGCUUUUGACAAUGACAACUCCUACGUUGACAUGGUGCAGGACGGGACAAACCAGGAGAGUGAGAUCCCUGCUCUCUUCCUUCUUGGGAAGGACGGGUAUAUGAUCCGACGAUCGCUGGAGGUCCACGGGCUGCCUUGGGCCGUCAUUUCCAUCCCCGUCAAUGUGAGCGGGGUCCCGACCUUCCAACUGAAGCAGCCACCUUGGACUCUGUGGUGAGGAGACGGCACCUCAAGGACUUCUGGCCGGAUCAAAUGAACAGUUUGUGAUGCUCGUGCUUUGGUGUUGUAUUAAAUUAUCUCCUCACUGGAUUCCACACCCUGACCCCCUCAGCCUCUUCCCGCAGGUUCCAGAGUGAUGCUGCUGCCCAGUCACUGGAGGAACUCAGCAGGUCGGGCAGCUUCUUUGGAGGGAGAUAAACAAUUUAUAUUUUGGGCCGAGACCCUUUAUCGGGACUGGAAAGGAAUUAGAAUAGGGAGGUGGGAGUACAACUGGCGGGUAAUAGGUGA